AACUGUAUUCUUCGUCUUCCGCUUCCCCUCUCCCUCUCGACGGCUCCGCCUCAGUCUCAGAGACCUUGCGUGGUUGCUUUCGCGGCGGAUUUAGGGAUUAUCCGGAGAUCUCAGAUUUUGAAUCUGUCUUCCUCAGGGCAGGAGUUGCAUUAUUUAUUACGGUUUCUGGUUGGUGAAUCCUUUGCAAGAUGACUCCAUAUAUUGCCGGCGUGGUCGUGCCUCUAGUUUUCACGCUUCUGAUUCGAAAUUCAAAGAAAGGGAAGAAAAGAGGUGUGCCUGUUAAUGUUGGUGGGGAACCUGGGUAUGCCAUCAGGAACCACCGGUUCAGCGAGCCGGUUAGUUCCCAUUGGGAAGGGAUCUCUACACUUGCUGAACUCUUUGAGCAAUCGUGUAAGGCUCAUGCCGAUCAGUUGUUUCUUGGAACCCGGAAACUGAUCUCUAGAGAGGUCGAGGUUACAGCAGAUGGAAAGUCAUUUGAGAAGCUUCAUUUAGGAGAUUACGAGUGGCUAACUUUCGGGAAAACAUUUGAAACUGUCUGUAAUUUUGCUUCUGGUUUGGCUCAACUCGGACACAAGAAGGAAGAACGCGUCGCGAUCUUUGCAGAUACUAGAGAAGAGUGGUUCAUCGCCCUACAGGGCUGCUUUAGGCGUAAUGUCACCGUGGUAACUAUUUAUGCGUCUCUAGGAGAGGAAGCUCUUUGUCAUUCACUCAAUGAGACAGAGGUCACAACAGUAAUAUGCGGCGGCAAAGAACUCAAAAAGCUCAUAGACAUAAGUCAACAGCUUGAAACUGUGAAACGGGUGAUAUGCAUGGAUGAUGAGAUCCAAUCUAAUGUAACUCCUGGUUGGAAGGCUACUUCCUUUGCUGAUGUUGAGAAACUUGGCCGGGAGAAUCCUGUGGAUCCUGAUUUUCCUCUUUCAGCUGAUGUUGCUGUUAUAAUGUACACCAGUGGGAGUACCGGGCUGCCUAAGGGUGUUAUGAUGACGCAUGGUAAUGUCCUAGCUACGGUUUCAGCAGUGAUGACUAUUGUUCCUGACCUUGGGAAAAAGGAUAUAUACAUGGCAUAUUUACCUUUGGCUCACAUCCUUGAGCUAGCAGCUGAGAGUUGUAUGGCUGCAAUCGGGAGUGCUAUAGGAUAUGGGUCACCUUUGACUCUAACUGAUACAUCAAACAAGGUUAAAAAGGGUACUAAGGGGGAUGCAACGGUACUAAAGCCCACUAUAAUGACAGCUGUACCAGCCAUUCUUGACCGUGUCCGGGAUGGUGUGCGUAAAAAGGUCGAUGCAAAGGGCGGAUUGUCGAAGAAAUUGUUUGACUUUGCAUAUGCUCGUCGAUUAUAUGCAAUGAAUGGAAGUUGGUUUGGAGCAUGGGGAUUGGAGAAAUACCUCUGGAACCUCCUUGUGUUCAGUAAGGUUCGGGCUAUAUUGGGAGGCCGUAUCCGCUAUUUGCUCUCUGGCGGUGCCCCUCUUUCUGGUGACACACAGAGAUUCAUAAACAUUUGCCUUGGGGCUCCAAUUGGUCAGGGGUAUGGGCUCACAGAGACUUGUGCUGGUGGCACCUUCUCUGAGUUUGAUGAUACAUCCGUUGGCCGUGUUGGUGCUCCACUUCCUUGCUCCUACGUUAAGCUAUUAGAUUGGCCUGAAGGUGGGUAUCUAACCAGCGAUCAACCAAUGCCCCGUGGAGAAAUUGUAAUCGGUGGUCCAAAUGUCACACUUGGAUAUUUCAAGAAUGAAGAGAAAACUCGAGAAGUAUACAAGGUUGACGAAACCAGAAUGAGGUGGUUCUACACUGGAGACAUUGGACAAUUUCACUCGGAUGGCUGCCUUGAGAUAAUAGACCGGAAAAAGGACAUCGUUAAACUUCAGCACGGGGAAUACGUCUCCUUGGGCAAAGUUGAGGCUGCUCUUAGUGUAUGUCCCUACGUGGACAAUAUCAUGGUACAUGCCGAUCCAUUUCAUAGUUAUUGCGUAGCUCUUGUGGUUGCCUCCCAGCAUAGUCUGGAAGAUUGGGCCUCAAAGCAGGGGAUCACUUACACUAACUUUGAGGAAUUGUGUGAGAAAGGAGAAACUGUGAAAGAAGUCUCUGCAUCUCUUGUCAAGGCGGCUAAGCAAGCGCGGUUGGAGAAGUUUGAGAUACCGGGGAAGAUAAAGUUACUCGCGACGCCAUGGACACCUGAGUCUGGUUUGGUCACUGCUGCUUUAAAGCUCAAGAGAGAUGUUAUCAGAAAGGAGUUCUCAGAGGAUCUUUCUAAGUUAUAUGCCUCAAAGUGAGUUUUCCUUCUUCUUCUUUGAAGCAACCAGCCAAAGACAUUUAUCUUUUCUCAUCAUCAUCAUCAUCAUCAUCAUCAUCAUCAUCCUCUUGUCAUAAUAACUGUUGGUUACUGAAUACUAGCAAGAUAAAAGAGAUGGCUAUUUCAGCAUUUGGUGCUUAUAACUUUGGUUUUGAGACACUAAAAAUGAUGGAAUUUAGGUUUCAAAAAGGUAAUAAUUAUUUUCUGAGGAGACAA